UGGAGUAAGGAGGCUACUCGCCUAUGUCCUGGCGUUCCAGUUGUUCUUGUUGGAUUGAAGAAGGACCUUCGGGAAGACCUAAUUGCGAUCGGGAAGAUAAGAGAGAGUUCCCUGCGACUCGUCACUGAACAUGAGGGCGAGAUAGUUGCUCACGAAAUUGGCGCCAAAAUGUAUCUGGAGUGCUCGAGUUUAAGCGGUGAUGGUGUCGAUACUGUCUUUGAGAUAGCCAGCCGGGAAGCUCUGUUAGCAGUCCAGAAAGAUAAGGGAGAAGGUUUCUGCCCUAUCCUGUGA